AUGGCCAACAAACAUAAACUAAUUUUUACUGGAUUAUUGAUUUUCAUAUCUGUGCAAUGGACUUUGUCUAUUUCAGAGGAAGAGCUCCAUGCCAGCUACUGGAACAACAAAGGGAGACAGGCUCUUCACACUGCCAUUAAUGUUCAACCUAAUCUCCACCAAGCCAAGAACCUCAUCCUCUUCCUUGGGGACGGUAUGGGGAUACCGACAGUGACGGCUGCCCGCAUCCUCAAAGGCCAGUUGGCAGGACAUUCUGGGGAGGAGACCAGUCUGGUUAUGGAUACCUUUACUCACCUGGCGCUGUCUAAGACAUACAAUGUGGACCAGCAGAUGCCUGACAGCGCUGGCACAGCCACAGCUUAUUUAUGUGGUGUGAAGGCAAACUACGGCACCCUGGGUGUCACAGCCGCCACCCCAAGGUACAACUGUAGCGCUACGUACGGGAACGAAGUUGAAUCAGUUCUGCACCGUGCCAAGAAAGCAGGAAAGUCUGUAGGAAUUGUAACUACAACCAGAGUGCAGCAUGCCUCUCCCGGUGCAAACUACGCUCACACUGCCAACCGAGGCUGGUACUCUGACUCUGACCUCAGCGCUGAGGCGAUCCAAAAUGGCUGCCGUGACAUUGCUUACCAGCUAGUUCAUAACACAGAGAUAAAUGUCAUUCUUGGUGGAGGUCGUCAGUACAUGUUUCCAAGAACAAUACAAGAUCCAGAAUAUCCAACUUAUACAGGAGACCGAAAUGAUGGACAAAAUCUUGUUGCGGAGUGGAUGAAGAACAAAAAGAAUGCCAAAUAUGUUUGGAACAAAGCUGAGUUUGAUGCCAUCAAUCCUGCAAAUACAGACUUCCUGAUGGGUCUCUUUGAACCCAAAGACUGCCGUUACGAGUUGGAGCGUGAUGCGUCCAUGGACCCCUCCCUUACGGAGAUGAUGGAGAAAGCAAUUAAGAUUCUCAGCAAGAACCCAAAGGGAUUUUUCCUCUUUGUGGAAGAUAAUGGGAGAAUUGAUCAUGGUCACCAUGGAGGGAGGGCCAAAAGAGCUCUCUAUGAGGCUGUUGAGUUUGACCGGGCGAUCGGGCGAGCAGCUGAACUCACCAGUGAGCUGGACACCCUGUCUGUGGUCACUGCUGACCAUUCCCAUGUCUUUGCCUUUGGAGGAUAUUCUGCCAGAGGAAACUCUGUUUUAGGGGUGUCUCGCUCAUUGGCUGAUGACAACAAGCACUUCACCACUGCUGUGUAUGGAAAUGGACCAGGAUACCAAACUGGAGUUCGGCCAGAUAUGAAUGAGACAAUUUCAUCGAGUAACGACUACCGUCAGCAGGCUCCCGUCCCUCUUGGGUCAGAGACCCAUGGCAUAGAGGAUGUAGCCAUCUUUGCCAAAGGUCCCAUGUCACACCUUUUCCAUGGGGUCCAGGAACAGAGCUACAUUGCACACGUCAUGGCUUAUGCCGCCUGCCUAGAGCCCUAUGAGGACUGCAAACUGCCCCCGACCGACCAUGCCGGAGCCAUUCACCCCAGCCUGUUGCUCCUCCUGAUGGGCCUCCUUCUCCUCUCCCUCUGCUCUAUCUGA